AUGGUUAAUUUGGUAUGUGAACAGCAAUCUAAUUUACCAGAAAUAGAGAUUGAGAAAAAAGUAGAUUGUGGUUAUGUUCCUUGUAGUUCGGUAGCUGUAACUAAAAAUAAAAAUGACCUAGAUCGGCCUAGUGCCUUACCGGAAAUUGAGGUAGAGGAAAAUAUAGAACCUGAGAUGCCAAAUGAGAAAGUAUUACAAAAGGAUGUUACUCAGAAUGCUGAUAGUGCUUCUAGUACGUCAGGUAUUAUUACUAAGAAUAAAAGCAAUCAGCGUGAUUUUUCAAGUGAUAACGAGUCAGAAGUUGAUCCAUUUGCUAACUCUUCGGAUGAGGACCCAGAUUAUUUUCCUAGUGAUAACAAUUCCAGUACUGAUGUAGAGCAACUGUCCCAAGAAAUAGAGUCAGACGAUGAAGCUGAAACUGAUGAUUCAGAAGAAGAAAUUGGGGAUAUAAGCGGACCAGAUGUGUGGAGCACUGUAAAGACAACUAGAAACUUUCAUAUUGUUGAACAUUCUAUCGACUGUAAAAUUAACAUUGAAAAUCAGGAUGGUUUAUCUCCAUUAGAUAUAUUUUCACUGUUUAUCACAGAUGAGAUUCUAGAAAAGAUUGUAGUGGAGACGAACACGUAUGCUCAACAACAACUAUUAACACAACGUAGAACACCAAAAUCACGACAAAAUACCUGGACUCCAACUAGAAAGGGCGAGAUGAAAAGAUUCUUCAGUAUAAUUAUCUGCAUGGGCUUGGUUAAAGUUCCUAAUAUUAAUCUGUACUGGUCAAAAAACAGUUCAAACCAUAAUCAGUUCAUUCCGUCUGUGAUGCCCAGAGACAGAUUCUUGUCAUUACUUCGAUAUUUGCAUUUUAACAAUAACGAUGGUUUACUAGAAAGUGACGAUCGGUUAUACCGAAUAAGGCCCCUUCUGGAUAUGAUCAAUGCAAGAUUCAUGACUGUAAUGACUCCUGGAAGGGACGUCGUUAUAGAUGAAAGUAUGGUGCCUUGGCGUGGUCGCCUAGGGAUGCGGCAAUAUAUUAAAAAUAAGCGCCAUAAGUAUGGCGUCAAAUUGUAUAAACUCUGCACCGUUACAGGAUUCACUUACAAUGUCAGAGUGUAUUGUGGGAAAGAGGAUUCAAUCGGAAAUAAAGACCAUUCCCAUAAAGUAGUUUUGAAAUUAAUGUCUGGGUUGCUAGAUAGUGGUAGAACUUUAUAUGCUGACAAUUUUUAUUCUGGCAUUCCUCUUGUAAAGGAGUUAUUAGAUCGGCAAUCUUUGUAUUGUGGUACACUCAGGAAAAAUAGGAGGGGCCUACCAAGAGAAAUCACUAACAAGAAACUGAAGAAAAAUGAGAUAUGUGGACUAGAGAAUCAGCACGAUAUAAAAAUAAUACAAUGGCAAGACAAAAGAUCUGUUCUAAUGUUAUCAAGCAAACCUGAGCAUUCUGUUACUUUGUGCAAAACUGGAAAAAAAACUAGGCCUAAUAAGAAUGGCGAACCCGGCAAAGAUAUUUUGAAACCCAAAGUUGUAUUGGAUUACAAUAAUGCUAAAAAAGGCGUUGACUAUAGCGAUCAAAUGUCCGCCUAUUACAGUUCUUUGAGGAAAGGGCUUAAAUGGUAUCGCAAGGUAGCAUUUGAGUUGAUAUUUGGUGCUGCUAUAGUCAAUGCCUGGAUUGUCUAUAAUGAAAUAAACCACGACAAUAAACUUGCACUACUACCAUUUCGCGAAAAGCUGGCAUUGCUAUUAUCAAAUCAGCAAGAUUUUCUACCAUCUGAACUUACUGUCAAUCCAAAACGGACACAUUCGCUGAAAAGAGAGGAAGGCCCUGAAAAAAAACGCCGUAGAAACUGUACGGACUGCUAUAAAUCACUAAGACUAACAAUGAAAAGUAAGGAAGCUGAUAAGAAGGUUACCAAAGUAAAUACAUACUGUGAUGACUGCGAAAAUAAACCAGCUUUAUGUCUAAACUGUUUUAAUUUGAGGCACCAGCGAUAA